AUGAAAGUAUUUUUAUUUCUAUUAGUUUCAUUUGCAGAAGUUUAUAUGCAAGAAUAUUAUUUGAAUUCAAAUGGCAGCAGUAGUUUCGUUCCUUAUCAGUCGACAAUUGAAUUGAAUAUACCAGUCUAUCAAUAUGACACUAUUAUGCGCCAUUAUCGUAGUGAUAUUCGGAAAAGAGAACCACAAUUUAUUAGCUUCGACAUAAAUGAUGAAAAUAUUGAAAUAGAUAUGGAAAUUGCUGUGCCGUUUCUUUCGGUUCCAACAAAAAAGUCAUUAUCGAAGAGGAGAAAUUUUGCAAAUGUGAAUGUCGCUGCUGUGAUUCUUGCUGCAAUGGUGGCUAUUGGUGGAACUGUAUUGGGUGGUGCUGCAAGGUUCAUUAGAGGAGAAAAUUUCUUCAAUGGACAGCCAUGGUUUCGCACGGGUAAUAAAAAGACUAAGCAAAAACGAGACAUUCAUGAAAUUAAUAGCAAUGGACAUGAGGCAUUUGUGUGGAAUAUUUUGAAUAAUAUUGACGAAGCAUUAUUGGAAAUAGACGUUGAUGUGACCGAAUGUGCACAGAGAUUUGUGUGUUGGCAUGUGAAAAAUAGCUUACUAAACAUGCAAGAAAAUCGGGCAAAUAAUAUCGAUAAAUUUAUUAUUGGUUUUGUAAAUGCUAAAUGGACAAACAAAGUGAUUUCGAAUACAAUAUGGAAUAAUGCAAUUGAGGCUGCACGAAAGGAAGGUAGUUGUAUGUCAACAUUUCGGAAAUGUAUGCCUGACAAUCUAGAGAUUUUUGCAAACAAAAUUCAACAAUAUGCAAAGCCAAAAAAGUAA